UAGAAUAGAAAUCAAGAAAAAAGAAUCCAAAGAAACAUAUAUAAUGGAUAGUGAGUUUCUAGAUGAAAUCCCACAGUAUAAUUAUUGCUGUGACGAUUCGCUAUUGAUCGCAAUGCAAAAGAAUAAACCACAAUUUAUCUCACUGGGAGCAGCCACACUAAUUUUGAUGUCCGGAGGUAUGCAUUUAUCACUGAGUUUUGCAAUACCUGAUCCGUUCCUUUGCGUUUAUUGGUUUAAAGGGAGUAUUAUUGGUGCUUUAAUAGGAAUUAUUUGUUGUCAAAUUGUUAAGAAAAAAAAAUUUAUUCUAACCUCAUCACUUUUAAUCAUAAUUGAUGGGAUACUUUUAGCAUCACUCUCAGAAGACAAUUACGGCGUUAUAUUGGCACGUUUUAUUAAUGGCAUAGCAAGUGGACUAACGUUUGUCCCGUUAUUGAUAUUGGCGAGCGAAGAAUCAGUAUGUAACAAACGUGGCUUGUUAGUGACAACAGUUGAAACGAUGUCUAUCUCAUUAGGCAUCUUCUUAUAUCUAUUCAUAUAUUUCGUAUGGACGAAACUUCCACAUCCACCUAUACAUUUGAUCCAAAUGCUUGGCUUGCUAAAUAUUGUUCAAGGCGUGAUUGCAUUAAUAGUACAAUGGUUUUUUUAUGUGGAAUCGCCUAUGUUUUAUUUAGUUCGCGAGGAAGAAAAUGAAGCAAUGGAUUCUUUGCGUCGUUUACAAUAUCCAUUUGUGAUAACCAGCAAAACUCAUCAACAACUGAAAGAGCACAAACAAUAUAUAGCACACAAUAAAGAACUAACAUGUGUGUCGAGUCUCGUAUCUAGUUUACCAGCUCUAUUAGUACUCUGUCUAUAUCGUAGUUUGGUUGCUUUAAAUUAUUCAAAACCGUUUUAUUAUGUGAUGUUUUUUUGUUCAACUGUUCUUUAUGGUACCGAAGUAUGGGCUUUUGUGAUUAUGGGUACUUUACGUUGCAUGGGAAUAUUUCUUAAUAUGUAUAUGAUAGACACAUUUGGACGUAGACAACCGAUGCUAUUCGGUUCUAUUGUAUGUGGAAGUUUAUCAGUUGUAAUAGGCAUGAUGUUUGAUCAAUUCCCGGAAAUGAUUUUCCGUCACAGAAUGAGUAUAAUUGUAUACUUAAUGUUGAUGAUUCAGUUCUUUACCGGAAUAUUCAUUGGUUCGUCUUCGGUGUAUCUGAGUGAAGCAUUUCCUUUGGAAAUUAAACCAGUUUUCAUUGGAAUUACUUUUAUAGUUGAAAUGUUGGUGCAAGUAAAUUAUAUAGUUACUUUUGAUUUCAUUAACUCUUCCUGUUAUUUCUAUUCCACUGCGAUAACCUGUCUCGGGUUUUUUUUCAUUGGAUUGCUGUUAUUGCCGGAAACAAAACGGAAUACUCUGCGUGAGGCUCAAAUAAAAUUCAACUUACUUUCUUAAAUGACAUUAAACUAAAGCUCUGUUUCUCCAUUUGUGUUUCAUACCGUUUAUAAAAAAUAAUUCUAUUUGAUAUAUUUUGUGAAUAAAUUCUUUUGAACAUUAAUUAA